CACUACAAGUUUCUGUUUUUUUUUUUUUUCCAAACUGCAUCUUUUGUGGAAGGAUGGGAACGAGAGAAAGCGCAGAGUUAUCAGCAGCUCCUCACUUGCACUGCAGCGGACUAAAGGCUGAAUAACUGCAUUAUUCAUUUUUACGCACCGGUUUCUGUGUUCCUGACUUGUCUCCCUCUCCUUUCUCUGCACUUUUCUGAUUUAUGUGCACCCAAAAAGAAGCGUCAGUAUCAGGAAAGCCAGUAUUUUUCAUCGGAAUUAUUUUUUUUUUAAAUAAAUCCCGUUGGAUGGGCACUGAAAAAGACUAAUUUCUCCUCCGCUGCAUGAAAAUAAACUGACUGCUUGAGACAAUAAGACUGGAUUUACGUCUCCUAACUGGGAAACAUGUACACAUAACCCAGAUGGGAGCUUUUUGGCUGCUGUCGCCAUCCCAAGCUUUAUCCCGGUGCGCAACUUCACCCGAAACAAACCAACAUUUAUUCUUUCGGAUCGUUGGGGGUUGCUGAGCAGCGCUGAAGCCAGACGCACAGCGUUGACCAUCCUCUUUUAGUCCUUCUCCACAACAACCCCAAAAAUGACGGACUUCUUCCACCGCAUCACUGACCACCUUGCGCCUUUUUUCACGCCUUGGAGUCGCCGGACGCGCCUUCAACAUCUCUAAAAGCCGUCUGCUUCUCUCCUUCUCUUUUUCUCUCUCUCCCUCCCUCCCUCUCUCUGCCUUUUCUUGCUCUCUCUCUCUCUCCUCCUCUCUCUCUUUUUUUUUUCCAAGCCUCGCUCUUUCUCUCUCCUGCAACCAAAUGAACGCUCUCCCAUGGAGGUAGUACAACCACCUUGGGGACCGAACGACCAAAGGGGUGAUUUUUCCAAGCAAGAGGAGCCCGUCAGUAAAAGGCGCAUCGGCUGAAAUCGGAGCUCCCCCUCCCUACCCCUCUCCUUUCUCUCCAUCUCCACUGCAUCCCCCCCCCUCCAGUGUGCCUGGCUCGGGUUGAUAUACAGUAGCCUGCAUGGGGAUAUAAGAGCUGGAGAAACCUUGUUGCGCCCCUCUAACUACGUACGUUUCACUUCAGCUGGGAGAACUGUUCCCUCACGUCUCCAUCCAUGUCUCACCAAAGCUGCCCCGUGUCUCCGGAGGGAGCUGCAUUCAUUACCACCUCGGCUUUGGGUUACUAAAUGGUUUUCUGGGGGAGGAUUUCUAACCGGCGAGAUGCUGCUCGUAUUCCUACUGGCAGCCUUUUCUUCCUCCAUCACCGGCUCCUUCUCCUCCUCCCUCUCCUCCCCCUCCAUGUCGGACGGACCCCAGAUGCCAGACCCGUCCCCCUCUGACUUGAUGGCUGAGACCUGCAGCGCCUGCUCCUGCAUGUCAGUGGAAAACGUGCUGUACGUCAACUGCGAGAAGAUCACCGUCUAUCGGCCCACGCAGCUCAUCCCGCCGGCCUCGUCGCUCUACCACCUGAACUUUCAGAACAACUUCUUAAUAAUCCUCUACCCAAACUCGUUCCUCAACUUCACCCACGCUGUGUCACUGCAGCUGGGAAACAAUAAACUUCAGAACAUUGAAGGUGGAGCGUUCAUGGGGAUGAGCGCUCUCAAACAGCUGCACCUGAACAAUAAUGAGCUUAAGGUGCUGCGAGCGGACACUUUCCAAGGGAUAGAGAACUUGGAAUAUCUCCAGGCUGACUACAACUUGAUAAAAUACAUCGAAAAGGGAGCUUUUAAUAAACUGCACAAAUUAAAAGUGCUCAUCCUGAAUGAUAAUCUCAUCCAGGCCCUUCCUGACAACAUAUUUCGCUUUGCCUCACUGACACACCUGGAUAUAAGGGGGAACAGGAUCCAAAAACUUCCAUAUUUGGGGGUUCUGGAACAUAUUGGGCGCAUUGUUGAGCUGCAGCUGGAUGACAACCCUUGGAAUUGUACCUGUGAUCUAGCACCUCUAAAGGCAUGGCUUGAAAACAUGCCUUAUAACAUUUUUAUCGGUGAGGCCAUAUGUGAAACACCAAGUGACUUGUACGGGAGACUCCUGAAAGAAACCAACAAACAGGAGCUUUGUCCCAUGGGAACAGGAAGUGACUUUGAUGUUAGGAUGCCCCCUGUAAUGCCUGAUAAUGGGCAGCCACCCUCCAAAACGUCCCCAACCACAGUGGCUCCUCAUAUCACAAAAGCGCCAAAAACCACUGACUCAUCUAAGAUUUACGGUAAUGGUAUCGUGGCUGGUUUACCCCCCUUUGGAAGAAAUAGUCAGAUUGUUUCCUCUCAGACACGACCCCCUCCAUUGUGUCCACAGCCCUGUAGUUGUAAAGCCCACCCUUCUGACUUUGGCAUCAGUGUCAGCUGUCAGGAGAGGAACAUUAAAAAUUUAGCUGAUCUCAUUCCCAAACCCCCAAAUGCCAAGAAACUUCACCUUAGUGGGAAUUACAUCCGUGACAUUAGCCCCACUGAUUUUCAAGGGUAUGAAGGCUUAGAUUUGCUACAUCUUGGCAGCAAUCAGAUUGUUACUGUCCAAAAAGGUGUUUUUUCCAACCUCACUAACCUAAGGAGACUGUAUUUGAAUGGAAACCAACUAGAACAGCUACAUCCAGAAAUGUUUCUGGGUCUUGUAAAUUUGCAGUACCUAUAUUUGGAAUACAAUGCCAUUAAAGAAAUCCUAGCGGGCACAUUUGACCCAAUGCCAAACCUUCAACUUCUAUAUCUCAACAACAAUGUUCUGCGGAGUCUCCCAGCCUAUGUGUUUGCUGGUGUCUCCUUAGCAAGACUGAAUCUAAAAAACAAUCACUUCAUGACCCUGCCAGUGAGCGGUGUCCUGGACCAGCUGCGAUCGUUGACCCAGAUAGACCUGGAAGGGAACCCGUGGGAGUGUUCCUGCGAUCUAGUCGCUCUCAAACUCUGGCUAGAGAAGCUCAGUGAUGGAGUGGCUGCCAAAGAGGUGAAAUGUGCAUCCCCUGUGCAGUUCUCCAACAUCGAGCUGCGCCUCUUGAAAAAUGAGAUCUUGUGUCCUAAACUUGUUGCGAGACCACCGUUUAUUCUCACCAGCGCCACCCCUCUUUUGACCUCAGUGUCGCCUGCUGGAGUUGGAAAAGCACCGCCUGGAGGUCCUGUGCCUCUCUCCAUUAUGAUCCUUAGCAUUCUCGUAGUGCUUAUCCUUACUGUGUUUGUGGCCUUCUGCCUUCUGGUGUUUGUCUUAAGGAGGAAUAAAAAACCAGUGGGCAGGCAGGAAGGGCUUGGCAAUCAAGAGUGCGGCUCUAUGUCUUUGCAGCUCCGCAGGCACGGACACAAAUCUGGCAAAAAAAGCUCCAUCCCUGGAGACGACUUAGGAGCUGAGACAUUUAUUCCCCAAACUAUUGAGCACAUAGGCAAGAGCCACACAUGUGGCAUCGGCCGCUCCUCAGACAUGGACGCUGGCUUCAAGUUUGCAGACUCACAGAGGCAGAAGAUCAUCCUCCGCAACAGUGCCGACAAGGAUAAAGACUCACUUUCCACCUUGGAGCGCAACAAGCGUCUCAGCACCAUCGAUGAACUCGAGGAGUUCCUUCCUCACCGAGAGCCCAGCAUGUUCAUCCAAAACUUCUUGGACAGCAAAAGAGAUUUCAACAGUAUAGGGAUGGGUGGUUAUGAGAUCCGCUACCCAGAGAAAACACUGGAUAAAAAGAUGAAGAAAUCAUCGCUGAUAGGUGGGAACCACAGUAAGAUCGUGGUGGAGCAGAGAAAAAGUGAGUAUUAUGAGCUCAAAGCCAAGCUCCAAGGAACGCCUGAUUACCUGCAGGUGCUUGAGGAGCAGACUGCACUGAGUAAAAUGUAGGGAUUCUGUUCGAUUUAGUGCAUUGAUUUCACCGCACAUACAGUAUAUGAGGAAGUCAGACACAGCCAAACACAUCUACCUUUUUUUUUCUUUGGCCAUACACACAAAACACCACACAAUCUCUCACUUUCUGUCUUCAUCCUUCUCGCUCUCUCUCUUUCUCUCUGCAGCCACACAUGCACACACACUCCCACACACAGCAAAAAAGUGCCUUCUGGAAACCCUUAAUGACCAAUGCAGAGAUGGACAAAAUGGCUCCACAGAACAAAUGCUAUAGCUAAGAUCAGUGUGGAUCUAUUUUACAGUUAAAGACCCUUUUGGAUUACCCAUGCCACUACAUGUAUGACUCCCACAUACAUACAAUAGCACCCUAAAAAGCAACCAAACAGUCAUAGUGUUUUUGCUGCUAUUGAAAUGGGUACUUAUCUCCUUAUUUUUGUUUCUUCUUCUUGUUCUUUCCUCCUCCUUUUUGUUUUUCCAACCAAAUCAAAGGGUCUUGAAGACUUGAGAGUAAAGCCGCCCAUCUUCAGCCCUCUUUUAGAAAAAAAAAAAAAAAUGAGAAUUAAAAAGGAGAUCACUUUGGUUGUUCUUUUGCUUUGGAAAGGCUCCAGUAUCUGGGAUGAUAUUAACACAGUUGGUGACUCAAUGGAUGCUACUUUCAUUUUGUUUUUUGUUAUUUUUUAUUCACGUGAGGAUAUCUAUCUGUUCUUGGGGAUGCGUUCAGGAUUCCAGUGCAGAAUCUCUGCCAUGUUGUCUGGAUUACACAUCUGCUCUUUACCGGGGGAGGCUCCUCUUUUCCAUUCACGGUAAUCCAAGGCACUGCAAAACUCUUUUUUGUGGAAUGAUUUAAUGACUUGUUCUCUUUGUGUAAAGAGCCAUGUUAAAUAUAGUGUCUUCUGAAUGGAGUUGUGUCCCUCUUCGGAAUUGCUACGUACAGUAAAUGUAUGUUUUGGGUGAAAUCUAACGGCACAUACACUGUCAGAGGACAUUGUUUCAGAAAAAAACCCAAGGAUAUCAAAAAUUACAAAGCUGCUUGCUAUGUAAGCGUAACCUGGAAUUUAUUUUGUAAGUCUUACAUUAUUUGUAUCUGUGGGACUGGUUUGUAAAUUACAAGGAAGGACAAAGACCUCCUCACACACAUACACAUAAAUACUGUACGAUGGAGCAUCAUCAUCAAGAGACUACAAGCCAGAAAUGUCAAAUAAACCGCUAAUAGAAUUCAAUCGGUGAUUCAACUCCCUUUGUCAGUUCUCAAUUCGUAGUAAAAAGAAUUUAACAAACAUAGUUAAUUUAUUUUUCUAUGCAGGAUUAUUUAAAGAGUUACUGGUAUUAUUUAAAAGGAAUAAUACACAAAGAGUGGAAAGGACUUGAUUGACUGAUGCAUCAGAGCUUAUUCAGGCCACCAGAUGUGACUGCUGAGUCGAUUUAUGGGUUUUUUUUGUUUCUCAGUUUCUCUGAAGAACUCGACCCGCUGGACGAGGGUUGUUAAAUGUGGUAUGUGAUGUUUCCUUUUUAUUGUGUCGCACGGCAAAGCUGAGGCCUGAUAGAGUCUGUGAAGUUUCAAGCAGUUUCCUUAUUCUUAUAUCUCCCACAGUAUCUUGUAAAAGGUUUCUUAUUAACAUUAUGCAACCAAAAUAAAUGUGCAUUAAACUUGAUAUGGUUCCAGAAUUGUUGGGAUGGGGGAAACGGAGGUGUGUUGCGAGGCGGAGAAGGCUUGCUAAUUGAAACUCUAAAAUUGUUAGACUUGGACAGAAUCAUAUCAUAAAACAUCAUGUGCGAUAUUAGUAAAAAUGCUCAGUCAUGAUGGCUUCAAGUAAUUUUGUUUAAUUUAUUUAGUUUGAGGUUAUAUCGUCAAGGAAGGCUCCUUUUCAAAAUUCUUUUAUCAGCCUAACUCUUUCCGGUCCUUAUUUAAAAGUACUGUUACGUUAAAAUUAUGAGUGUUUAUUGACAUUACAAAUGAAUAGAAUGUAUCUUGGAAAGUAUAAUAAAUACAAUUUUCUAUCGGUCAUAAAUCUCCUGUAUAUUGGUUAAUUUUCUCUUGUAUAAUCAUGUUGAAAUCAAGGUAUU